GUGCGACAUUGACUCUGCUCACUCUCUCUCUCCGACACUGUGGCUCAUCGUCCGUCCGCUCGCCAUCAACUUCAUAACAUAUAGGAAAUACGGAGGAGGGAGGGGGAAUAUCGGCGGCUAACAGCUACUAAACCAACCCAAAGGUUGCCUGCAAGACGGAGCCGUGCUGCAGUGAUUGGUUCAGCUCCUGUCCAUCCAGUGAGUCUGGUGGCGACCAGCCCAGUGAGCUGCUAGGUGUCUAAUAGCGGUGGAUUGCAUCAUUAUGAGACAAUAGCAGUGGGGAUCAAAACUCUCCCUCCUCCUCUCUUCCUCCGUCUCCUCUCCCAUUGCUCUGUUGAAACCCUCCCCCUAACAAAUACACAGUCACACAAACACACACACACACACACACACACAUGCAACCCUCUGACCACUCCUCCCACGCUGGUCAUGGUCCACUCCCCCUGUCUCCCCAGCCAGUCAGGCAGUGAGUGGAUGGAGGCUGUGUAAUCCCCUGAAAAGUAUAGGGCCUAUACGGCUGCAUAUGCUCCCUUUUGUCAUGGCGGCUGUUAUUGUUGCAGAGGCCUCCCUCAGGAGAGAACAUGAGGGAGAACAGAAGGCAGCAUAAAGCUCACAAAGGGAGGAAGAGGGAGCGAGAGAGUGAGUGAGUGAGAGACUCUGACAUUGGCAUUUAUUUGACCGCAGGAGAAUGAACUUCACGAGGCAACGGAUGGAAUUUAUUGGGGGUGAAACCACAUGAUGUGGGACUGGCAUUACCACCCUACGCCAAUCACAAAUUGGACCGACAGUCAACUUUGGAGAUAUUUGCCACAUAGUGACCUGCAGCAAGGAAUGCAGUGAAAUAGAGAAAAGUUGACAAGACUUUUCUUCUGGGUUCAGAAUAUUUUUCUAUUUUUCCUCUCCUUGGAGUUUUCUUUUUAAUUACAGCCUACCAAAAGUGCCUUUUUUUUGUGUUACUUUUUUCACACAUCUUGUUCUAUAUUCAUCCUCCAUAUUGCCACAGAUUAUUGCAUUUAACUUUACACAUAAUAACAGUCACAUUGCCAUAUUUUAGAGAAGGUACAUAGUAUAUUUGACUUUGCACGUGGAUGUUAAACUGCCACAUCACCAGCCUCCAUCAAAUUCACAGUUGACAAUCGUCUCCUUCCUCAAUCGUCUCCUUCCUGAACUUUAUUCUGCUUGGGGAGAGUUUACCAGCGUUAAAUCACUGAGAGUCAGGUUGUUCCAGACCAGCUGACUUUCUGCACUGCCUCCUCCCGACCUCUGUCGUUUCGCCGACCCGGAGCCGUCGCCAUGGUCAGUAUCCAGUCCAAAUGGCGCUACCUUUUCAUGUUUCUGGGCAUCCAGCUCGUGGUCAUGGCGCUGCUGUCCCGAGAGGGAUACCAGAAGAGGGUCUCUUACUUCAUCCGCAUCUUCCGCAAGCCUGACACCUUUGGCCUUUUUGGUCGCAACCACACAACAACUGGCAUCCCUGGAGGGGAUGUAUACGCCAACCUCUCCCACCUAUCCAGAGCUCAUAGCCAUGGAGAUGACAUGCCCCUGUGCCCUAAGAAGUCCCCUUAUGUAGGUGGGCCAAUCCAUGUCAGCUUUCCAUCAGGGCUCACUCUAGCAGAGGUUCAGAGAAAAAAUCCACUGGUGGUGCGCGGUGGACGGUACAGGCCGCCCGACUGUGAGGCGAGGCACCGAACUGCCAUCAUCAUUCCCCACAGACACAGAGAACACCACCUUAAGUUCCUGUUGUACUACCUACAUCCUUUCCUGCAGCGACAACAGCUUCAUUAUGGAAUUUACGUCAUUCACCAGGCUGGAAACUACACAUUUAACAGGGCCAAGCUGAUGAAUGUGGGUUUCCGGGAGGCCAUGAAAGAGGAAGAAUGGGACUGUCUCUUCUUCCAUGAUGUGGACCUCAUUCCAGAGGACGAUCGCAACACAUACAUGUGCGACUCCAACCCCAAGCACGCUGCCAUCGCCAUGGACAAGUUUGGCUACAAGCUUCCGUACAAGAUGUACUUUGGAGGAGUGUCAGCUCUGACGCCACUGCACUACCUCAAAAUGAACGGCUUUCCCAAUAACUACUGGGGCUGGGGUGGAGAGGACGACGAUAUUGGAGUCAGAGUGUCUCUGGCAGGGAUGUACAUCACUCGUCCAUCACUGAAGGUUGGCCGCUACAAGAUGAUUAAACAUAAGCUGGACAAAGGCAACGAUGUAAACCCAAAGAGGUUUAACAUGCUGGCCAAGACACGUCAGACCUGGAAGACGGAUGGAAUGAACACAGCUGAAUAUGAGACAAUCUCACUGCAAUACCUGCCCCUCUACACCAACAUCACUGUCAACAUCGGCACUGAGGAUGGUCUACAUGCACCUCCCCGAACACCACCUCCUACCAAAGCUGAAGGAAAACCUGCACCCGUUGGGAAAUUCUGGGCCGAUACCAAUAGAAAUAUAUCAAAGCACCUGCCGAAGUCCCAACAGAAGUCCCAGCAAAAGUCCCAGCAGAAGUCCCAGCCAAACCCCCUUGCCAAACUCAAAGAGGGCCACUCAGAGAAAUAGUCUAUCCUAAGAGACUACUAUAUGUUUUACUCUGCCAUAACUUCAGUGGGUGGGUUUUCACCUCAUUGGGUUUUCGUCAGUGUGUGGAGGAAUUAGUUUGUGGAGAAUCAACAUCAUACUUGUAUGUGAACAGUGGGGCACUGAUUUGGGUGAUCGAAACACCCGAUUUAUAAAAAAACAAA